CGAGGCGCAACAUCAAAGCUCCGAGGAGACAAUGCUAUAGAACAAAACGCCUCCUUCAGCCACUUCCUGAUCUUGCAACCUUAAUCACACCACAAAAUUACCUUGUCCUAUCACAAGCAUGCACUCCCGAAACGUCCUUCUUGCACUCACACCAGCCCUGGUUGCCAGCGCUGCAGUAUCGAAACGGAUUGUCGGCGGAGAACUCGCUACUCUGGGCCAGUUUCCUUACCUCGUCUCCAUAACCGGACUCUACGAAGGCACAGACGAGUACUCGCAAAUCUGUGGUGGCGCACUCUUGAACCCUACGACUGUUCUUACUGCAGCACAUUGUGUGCAAUGGGUCUUGGAUGCGCCCAAAGAUUUGAAUGUGCGAGCUGGAACUUUGACCUUUGAUCAAGGUGGUGUGAAAUCCGUCGUCGAAAGCUAUGUUCAGCAUCCGGAGUACAAGAACAGCAAUUACGAUUUUGCAAUUUUGAAAUUGGCCACGCCGAUUGAGGAGUCCGAAACGAUUUCGUACGCGAAGUUGCAAGAGGAAGAUGUUGAUCCUGUUGCUGGGGCGGUGGCUACUGUGGCUGGAUGGGGCCUCGACAGUGAUGGCGGCUUGAGACGCCCGGCCCUGUAUUGGGUCGAUAUCUCCGUCGUUGACCGCGAGGAGUGCAAGCGCGCAUUCGCAGUGCGUCAGAAUGAUAUUACGGAUGAGAUGUGGUGUGCGGGUACCAAGGAAGGAGGAAAAGGAGACUGCUCGGGUGAUAGUGGUGGACCGGUGACGAUCAAUGGCAUUGUGGCGGGAGUUGUUUCGUGGUCGUUGGGUUGUGCAAGUGCGGAGUUUCCGAGCGUGUAUGCGAAGGUGUCGAAGGCGAUACCUUUCAUCAAAGCUCAUUUGUAGAUUGCUUGUGAAUGUUUAUGAUGGACUGAGGCCUGGAUUGAACUUCUGGUCAAGUGGUGUUGUCGAUGCUUUGACUGCAUCACAUCCUUCAACUCACAUUAGGGCGAAGGGGUCAAUGAACGCCAUCAUCAAAGUAACCUCCAGACUCAAAACUCAAGGCGGCCUCGUUAUUGGUAUCGUUCGUCUCACCGCUGGGC